UAGAAUAAGCAUUCUCAUUUAUCAGGAGAAACUAAAAAUUCUCCCUACCAUUUCGGAGGGCUCCUCUUGAUAUUAUUAACAAAAAUAUUGGUGCUCCUCCGCACAUUUUGCCGUCGACCACCGCCCUUCCCCACUCUCCCGCUCACCAAGAAUGGCUCCCAUAAUCAUUUUAUAAUUUUAAGUUGAUAAAGUUGUCUUAAGAUUUGUGGGGAUUGUUCGGGGAAGGAAGAUCAUUUUAAGGGAGGGAGAGCAAUGACUAGACAAGUUGUUCUCCAUUCACCGGCAUCCUCCGUCUGCCGGCGGCGGCCACUGCUGGAACCCCAGGACUACUCCUCCAGGGGAGGCGUGCGGAUGGUGAGAUUAGCGGAGUUAGCAGGCGGAACAGCCGCCGAGUGUGCCGCUGUGUGCUGCUGCUGCCCAUGUGGGCUGGUGAACCUCCUGGUUUUGGCCGUGUACAAGCUGCCGGCAGGGCUGUGCCGCAAGGCGUUGAGGCGUAAACGCCGCCGUAGACUGAUCAAGCAAGGGCUAUUGCCACCGCGGCCGUGCGGUUGUGAUGAGAAUGACCUCCAUAUCCGCCCAAUUUCUGGGCCUGCUGCCAUGGUAAAUGCUCUGGAAUCAAACUCAGACAAGGAUGUAAUUGAGCUAGAGAAGGAAAUGUGGGAUAAAUUUUACACAGCUGGAUUCUGGAGGAGCUCCUCACAAAGAAGUGAAAUGUAAUGGUAAAUAACUGUAAAAUCGGCCGGUUAAAAAUCAUCAUAUAUAUAAUAUAUUUUUAUAUUAGUGUUUUUUAUUUAUGGUAUUUAAUUUUU